AAUAGCGAGUUUGAGGACAUUCUCCUACUUAAAACAAAACUCUCUCCAAAACUGUCCACCAAACUAAUGUACUCACAUAAUUAUCGUGCGAUACUAAUGGAGGUCACGUGUAUCAUCACUUCCUCGAUCAAAUGAUUAUGAUCGACUCGAUGAAACGGAGCAAUGCACGUGCUAAACUAUUGGAGGACCACAUGCAUACGAGUCGUGGAAAGAAAUUUGGUCCGUAUGGGAGACAACAUGUCGGAUUGUGGUGAUGAAUUGUUCGUGACUCAGAACACAUUUUGUAAUCAGUCUGAUGUGGUUGUGAACUCUCAUUUUGAAACAUUGCUUUAUAUGGAUAACUUUCAAGAAGAUUAUUGUCAGAAUUUUGAAUUAGGCCGGUUAUUUUCUGAUGAGAACACUGACACUGCACCGUAUAAUACAAGUCAGGAUAACUUUGAUGAUAAUUGCGACACCGAACUAUACUUGGCAAGUCAGAUGAUAGAAGAAUCAGGAAUUAUUGGCACACGGGUGUCUAAGAGACAGUUACAUUCCGAAAUACUAGAUUCGUUAAAAGGUGACAAUGAAAGUUUUGAGAAAGCCGUACAGGUUACACAGUUGGGAACCAAUCUAGACAAUGAAAAGCUUCGGUUCGGUACUCCCCUUUCUGAAACGGAUAUGGUGCAUUUGUGCGAUUCGGCAUACUCUGUGAACACUGAACAUAAGAGUAGAUGGGCUUUGAAUAUUUUCAAAAAUUGGGUUGUUGAGAGGCAAAAACGCAGUAAUAAUGAAAUUCCAAUAGCAAAUCAAAACAUAGUAUCGUUAGCUGAAGACGAAAAUGAUCUGAACAGAACACUGAUGUUAUUUCUGUCGGAGGUUCGAAACCAAAAGCGUGAAGAGUACCGCGGCAACACUCUGUACGAAAUUGUGUCUUCUCUUCAGUAUUACUUAAGAAGGAAUGGGGUUGUCGUCAAUUUCUUUGAGUCAUCUUGUUACACCGGUAUGCGAUCCGUUCUUGAUGCAAAGAUGAAAUUACUAGCUCGAAAAGGGAUAGGGGUUGAAAAACGACAAGCGGAUGUCAUCACUGAACAGCAGGAAGAUGUACUUUGGGAAACAGGUAUACUCGGAGAAGAUACACCACAGAAGCUCUUGGACACCCUCGUCUAUUUAAUCGGGUUGAACUUUGCUCUUAGGGCAGGAGAUGAACACAGAUACCUACGCAGUGGUUCAAAUUCACAGUUACAGUUGUUGAUGUCAAGCAAUGGCGUCAAACAAUUGAAAUAUACUGAGGACAUUUCCAAAACGAACAGAGGGGGCUGAAGCACAGGAAGGUUGAAAGGAAACACGUGACCAUCUCUAGUAAUGAGGAAAACCCUGGAAGAUGCCUCGUCAGACUGUACCAAAAGUAUAUGUCAUUAAGGUAAAUAUAAUUCUCUCACAAGUUCACAACUAAUAUUGUGAAAAGGAAGAGGUAGUUCCUAUGCGACGUUUGUGUCUGCGAGUUCUAUAUGUCUGUCAGUCAGCGAGUUCUACCUGUCUGUGUAACGUAAUGUGCACCUGAUUAACAUAUUUUGGAUGACUUUACCUUACGUUCUAAUGUUCUUAUGCACUAUGUACUUUGUACGGCCAGCUGCAUGAAUUGAUGACAGUUCACUUUGUUUUCAGACCAGUACAUGGAAAGUGUGACGCCUUCUAUUUGCGCCCGUUACGAUACACUGCAGGCAAGGUUUGGUUUGCUGAUGAGGCCGUUGGGAUUCAUCCACUCCGGUCAACUGUCAGCUGUCUCUGUAAGGCCGUUGGGUUCAGCGGAUUUUACACAAAUCACUCCCUCAGAGCUACAACAGCAACUCGGCUUUACGACAGCGGAGUAGACGAACAGCUAAUUGCCGAGAAGACGGGACAUAAAUCGAUUGCAAUUCGAAGUUACAAGAGGACGUCCAAGGAAAUGGCGGAUACAGUAGACUCAAUCGUGCAGAGAAAAUCAAGACGUCCCAGUGCUUCUGUAACUGGUCCCCCUGUUAUUGAUGCCGCAAUCUUUGAUCCGCCAGGCAAUCAACCAUCGACAAGACCGACGCUUGGCCCAUCAAAAGGCGAACAGGCUCCCUACACAAGUGACAGACGCAAUUUCACAAUGAAACUUGGUGACGGCACAACAUUUUCUGUGAAAUUUUGAAUUUAU